CCCGGCGGAGCGAGGGGCGGGCAGCUGCCGCUCGGCGGCCCCCUCCGCCAUGGAGAGCGGGAUGCCGCUGUCUGGCAGGCAGCAAGCGCUGAUCCGGGAGAGCUGGCAGCGGGUGAGCGGCAGCCCCGUACAGCACGGCCUCGUCCUUUUCGGCAGGUUGUUUGACUUGGACCCUGACCUGUUGCCCCUUUUCCAGUACAACUGCAAGCAGUUUGCCAGCCCUCAGGAGUGCCUCUCCACCCCCGAGUUCCUGGAUCACAUCAGGAAGGUGAUGCUGGUGAUCGAUGCUGCUGUGAGCCACCUGGAGAACUUGUCCUGCCUGGAAGAGUAUCUCUGCAACCUCGGCAAGAAGCACCAGGCAGUUGGGGUGAAGGUGGAGUCUUUCUCGACUGUCGGCGAGUCCUUGCUGUACAUGCUGGAGAAAUGCCUUGGCGCUGCCUUCACCCCAGAUGUGCAGGAGGCUUGGAGCAAACUCUACGGUGCUGUGGUGAAGGCCAUGCAACGCGGCUGGGAGACCCUCCCAGAAGGGGACUAGAUCCUGCCAGCCAUCCCCGUCCCUGACCACGCAGCAGUCCUGGGCAGAAGGAGCACUCAUGCCACGCUCUCUGCCUCUCUCCACCUCUGUCUUUCUCUGUGCGCCAGCCCAUCGCUGUUUCCUUCAGUCACGUGUGCUUCGGGGCUCUCCCAGUGAUUCUGCCUUGCUUUGGCAUGACCAUGUCUCUGCCUUUGCUAAGGGCUGGCAGGGUACAUCUCUGCAGCGAAGCCUAGGAGUGCCACAGCACAGGAACACCGCCCUGCCCCAAGUUCCAUCGGGCUACCUGGAGCACCAACACCCAUGUACCUACUCUGGUUUUUAGCUGGCUCGUCUUCCCUCCUCUUGCUACCCACCCUAGUUAGAUCACAGCUAGCGUAGGCCUCUUGGGCUUAUUUGCCCAAGAUCCUAUUUGCCAUGCUCAAGACCCGCCAGGUCUGGCACUGCUCACUCCUGCACUGCUGUGCCUGGUUCAGCUGUGGCAAUGGCAGGUUUGGCUCCCUCCAGGGGCAGGGGCAGCAGAGGUGGGAGCUGGCCGUGCUGUGUGGCCGUCCUCCCCAAACCUUGCAGGGAGAUUUUCCCCCUCUCCCUUUACCAACACGUCACAACCGGAUGGUUAAUCCUGGUGCUCUCUUCUGCCUUGCCUCUCCCCUGGAUAGGAUCCAUGGCUUUUCCUCGUGUCAGGUGGGCCACAACUCAGUGUGUUUCCUAGGGAUGCUUCAGGCAGCGGGGUCACGUUAAUCCCAAGGUGAGGCUGCUUUUAGCAGGUGUGGGCUGCCAGCUGAAAGUCUCGUGUUGGUUGGGCUGGUUGGUUUAACCUCAGAGCCAGCUGAAAUGCAGCAGCAGUGGUGGCUCUUUACUGCUUUGUGUUAAGGAGAAUAAAGUAAAUACAAGGAAAAGAAGUCUUAAAAUAAAAAUGAAGGUUGCAAUCAUGUCAUGGCAACAGUUUCCAGAAAUCAUUCUGGCUCUUGGCCAGAGGAAGCAGAGCUGGAAUUUCUCUGCUGAUGCUGUCAGGACCUGGAGCGCUUUCUAGCUGCACACAGUGCCCAUCUGCAGAGCUCCUCACCCUUUAGUAAUCCCUCCCAGCCAUACUUGAGACACAGCCGCUUUGGAGCAGAGUGAGGCACCCACUUAGGUACGUGCAGCAGUGCUGUGUCAGGACAGGAGUGAGAAGACAGCUUCUGCUGGAAGAAAUCCCAGGAAAUGGCUGAGAGGCAGCACCUGAGGGCUCUGGGGGGAGCUGAACAUGAGCACUUUGAAGAAGAGUUCAUCUUUGUGGGGAAGUUGCUGUGGGACAGGCAGAACCGUGUUUCCAGCCAUCACUAGCCCCAGGGUAAGGACAUGGAGCAAGUAUUCAGUUACAGGCAGCGCCCUUUUUUGCUGCUCCUUCAGGGCAGGAGGAGCCCAGCGUUGAGGGCUGAGAUGGUCCUGUUCUAGAGACACAUUCCUCCUAUACUCAGACGUCCUCCACUCUGGGGCAGGAGAGGGCUGCCCGCUCCUCGCAGCUGCAGCUGAGGUCUCUCAGUCCCAUGCCACGGAGGGGAUGAUGGGGUGCCCUGUGAGCUGGGGGUCUGCUUCCCUGCCACCAGGCCUGGUGGUGGCCAUGGGCUUCCAGCAAGCAAGGAACCCUCCAGCGGUGUUUGGGAGGGGAGCUGAGAGGUAUUGUCAACAGGCAGUGAACAUCCGCAUUUAGGAUGCUCCCAUUUAGGUCCUUCCUGUGGCACCAGGCUCUGCUCCUGCAGCCCUGCCGCAUGGUGUUGUGCAUUCUGGCCCAUGGGUCUCUCCAUCAGCUGUCAAGUGAGGUCCUCCCCAUUCUCGUGCCAAGCAGUGAGGGAUGGAGGAGCCGGGGCUGGGGGGAGGGGCUAGCUGUUACGGCACAGGAUGGGGUAGGAGGGUUUGGGAAUGGGGACGUCCUCUUUGCAACCCUGUUCUGGGGCAUCAGCCUUCAGCAUCACAGGGGGGACCUUCUGGCAGUGUGUGACAAGUAGACAGCUAUGUGAUGGGUGUGGUGUGGGUGUUACUGCCCCAAACCAUUCCUGCUCCCUCUAGCUUUCCCAGCUCCUUGACUUCUCCUCUUCUGUACCACGUUUUGUGUAACUCCCAAGAGAACUGAACUAGUCUGUGUGCCUCUUAUACCCAGCUGUACUGUUUAAUAAAGAGCAACAGUGAGUCUUGGCC